GCGAAAAAUUAAAACGGGAGCUGAUUUAGUGACAGGAAAUGUUAUGGUAACUAUUGUAUCCGUCCUGUUUGACGCUAACGAGCCACCGUAUGAGUUUGGUCUUUUGCCUCCCUUGAGUCAUUAGCAUAGUGACAACUUUAUUUUUAGCUAUCCUAAAAAACUAACUUUAGCUGUCGGACACUCCCGAACCACAAGUGCUUAGUAUUUUAUUUUCCCUAAAACAAUGCAAAUAUUUUCGAAAGAGGAACGGUGAUGUGAGAGUUACGAACAUAGUCUUGCUGCCGAUGGUUGACACUUCCGAAGCAUCUAACUGGCUUGCUAGCUGCUAGCAUAUUAGCUGACCGGAGGUGUCCAACGUUUAUCCUUUGUGCGUCAUUAGCUAAAUAGCUAGCUGUUCCAGCUCUUUGUGCGCACAGAAUUAGCUAUAUAUUCCCUUAAGGAAACCGGUGAAUUGCCUGGCAUUUGGGAAAUCUACCAGUAUGUCGUUUCGGAGGGCAGUUAGGUUAAUGUGUGGUUUUGCGGGCGGCUCAGGCGUGUUAGUAUAUGCUGCUUCGGCAGCUGAAUCGAGGGGAUAUUUUGGGGAGACGCAAGGGGAACGGCAAUGGUUCAAAACUGGCCUCGCAAUUAUCCACGCAGCUCAGCCAAGCGUAUUGUUAUCGGGGAACAAUUCAGUGCAACCGAGUGGAAACGGUUGGGAUUCCAACUGGGAUAAGAGGGACCCUGCUUCACUAUUAAAUGGAAAGAAAAAGGAGAUCACAGGUGAUGACUUGGCAACAGAGGUGGAGAAUAACAAACCAAAGGCCACCCGUCAUAUCCUCCUCAUUCGCCACUCCCAGUACAAUCUCAGUGGCAGCGAAGACAAGGAGCGGUUUCUCACCCCACUGGGUCGCGAGCAGGCAGAGUUGACAGGACAGAGACUGGCGGUUUUGGGACUGAAGUAUGAUAUCCUUGUGCACUCCUCCAUGACAAGGGCUACAGAAACUGCUCGCAUCAUAAGCCAACACCUCCCAGGGGUAGAACUGUUGAGCUGUGACUUGCUGAGGGAAGGAGCUCCCAUCCGACCAGUCCCCCCUGUUGGCCACUGGAAGCCUGAUGCAGUGUACCACGAGGACGGGGCCCGGAUCGAAGCCGCUUUCCGCCGCUACAUCCACCGUGACGUCAAGCAGAAGGAGGACAGCUAUGAGAUCAUCGUCUGUCAUGCCAAUGUCAUCCGCUAUUUUGUGUGCAGGGCUCUCCAGUUUCCCCCCGAAGGCUGGCUGCGUAUGGGCCUGAGCAACGGCAGCAUCACCUGGCUCACCAUCAGGCCCAGUGGCCGUGUAGCACUCAAGGUGCUGGGCGACUCGGGCUUCAUGCCCCCAGACAAGCUCACGUCGACCUGACACCAGACGGCCACUCACCAUGUGGGACUGCCGCUUCAGCUGGAGGCUGUGGCUUGUUUUUGCUGUUUUUUGUUUUGUUUUGUUAUUGAUUCUCCUUAAGUGUCUUGAAAGUGUGACAACUGUUUUGUUGCUAUUUUUGUAUUGAUGAUGAUGAUGAUGAUGAGGCAAGUAGUUUACCUACCUAAUGCCAUGUUUUUUCGUCAAUUACAUUCAGGACACUACACCACCUUGUAUUAACUUGGGUUUUGUACGAAAAUGGGUAUGGGAAAGUUGUAUGGGGGAAAAUAGUGUUUGCAUAUUUUUUUCUGGAUUACUGGAGCUCUGAAUAUGAAUGCAAGUAAGUGUCUUGUCAUUCAGGAGGACAAUGGAGGGGAUUCAGUCAAACCAACAUUUGUCUGAUAACUUGGCUAUUGUUGCUCAUAUAUUAUGUUGAUGGUUUGCCUGUGAAAUAAUGACUCCUGUCCUUGAUAUGCGUGCAAUAGAGUUGAAGCAUGUUAAUGUGUUUCUUCCUCUAUGUCUCUUCAGGAAAUACACCUAUGACAACUA